CCCAGUUACUCGAGCAGGCGCAGUGGAUAUUUUGACAACUGCACUGAGCAAACAUGGCGGCGGCCGUAGAUAGUGUUGUGAAAGUGCUCGGGGAGCAGUACUACAAGGAUGCUAUGGAACAGUGCCACAGCUACAAUGCUCGUCUGUGUGCGGAAAGGAGCAUCCUUAUGCCUUUCAUCGACUCUCAGACGGGUGUUGCUCAAAGCAACUGCUACAUCUGGAUGGAGAAGAGACACCGGAGUGCAGGCAUGGCUCCUGGGCAGCUGUAUAGCUAUCCGUCUCGACGCUGGAGGAAGAGACGGCGGUCCCACCCUCCUGAGGACCCCCGUUUGGCCUUCCCACCUAUCAAAUCAGCGGAGCUGGAGCUAGGUCUGAAACGGGAUGUUGUGGGAACGGUGGACGGCAGCAGCCUGGAGGCCCUGCUGAAGGGGGAGCCCCUGGAGAGGAGGGGCCCGCCAGACCCCCGUGCCCCGGAGGACAACCCAGCCACACCUGAACCCGUGGCCGCCACAGUCUCCAGCCACACCUCCUCUGGACGCAUCCGCAAGAGGGUGCUGGACCACGAUGACUACCUGGAUGAUCUGGAUGAUGAGGACUUUGAGGAUGAGACCCCCAAGAGACGAGGGAAGGGCAAGUCCAAGGGUCGUGGAGUGGGAAAUGGAAAGAAGAAAAUGGAGGCAGCUGCUGCAGCCUUGGAGGAGCAGGACAAACCAUACGCCUGUGACAUCUGUGGGAAGCGCUAUAAGAACCGUCCGGGCCUGAGCUACCACUACACACACUCCCAUCUGGCGGAGGAAGAGGGGGAGGACAGAGAGGAGAUAGAGUCCCCUCCCCCCCGGCGCCAGCCUGAGGAACACAAGACUCCUAAGAAAGGCCCUAACGGUCUGGCCCUGCCCAACGACUACUGCGACUUCUGUCUGGGAGACUCCGCCCACAACCAGAAGACCGGCCAGUCAGAGGAGCUGGUGUCCUGCUCAGACUGCGGACGCUCGGGUCACCCGUCCUGCCUGCAGUUUACAGAUGUGAUGAUGGCAGCUGUGAAGACGUACCGCUGGCAGUGUAUCGAGUGCAAGUGCUGCAACGUCUGUGGUACCUCAGAGAACGACGACCAGCUGCUGUUCUGUGAUGACUGUGAUCGAGGAUACCACAUGUACUGCCUCAAGCCUCCUAUGACUGAGCCCCAGAAAGGGAGUUGGAGUUGUCACCUUUGCCUGGCGCUGCUGAAGGACAAGGCAUCCAUAUACAAGCAGCAGAGCCCCACCACAGAGGAUGAAUAGCGGUUAGUUAUCAGUGUCUUUGGGGCCACCCCAGAGUAACCCACCCUGCCCUCAGCCAGGGGACCCCACCUUACCACCUCAUUCAACGACAGUAGCCCUCACCCUGGUCCACCCCCCCCCCCCCAAUGACCAGGGGUUAGGGUCUGGUUGGGGACUGGAGAGGAGGGAGUCCACUCACGACCCUUGCUGUCUUUCCUUCUAUCACGGCUGUAAACUCACCUGGACUGUUACACACUCUGCAGAGACCACCGUAACCCUGGUAACCACUCUACAGAGAUCACAUUAGAAAAAAAGGAUUCUCUCGCUAACUAUUCCCCAGCUCAACUUCCCCCGUCUCCUUUAUAUGGUGUGGACUGCGAAGACGAAGACGGGCAGUGUGUUUCAUUUGUUGCCAAAUGAUCUAUUUUUACUUAACGAUUUCAAAAUAUGAUCACAUUGAGGGAUAUUAAUAGUGGAGUUUUGUCUGUGUACUUCUUUUGGAUGUUUUAACAUUUAUCUCAAAGGUUCUGCAACGACAAAACAUUUUAAGGAACCUCUGGUGCCAAGGUCCAUAUGAUGUCCCAAAUGACACCCUAUCCGCUUUACUGUGCACUUCCUUUGACCAGGGUCCAAUAGGGUGCCUUUUGGGAGGUAACCAUAGUCAUUCUAUCGUGACUGAAUCACAUCUUACUGCCGGGUCUGAUUUUCAACCUAACAUUAUUGAACAUUUGUCAGCUGUCAUCUUUAUGGUUUAGGUAGCUGUUCAUAUCUGUGCCACAUUGCAUGCAGACUUGCACCUGUACUUGAGUACGACUGCACACACUCACACAAUUCUUUACUUUUUUUAUAAUCACUUGAUAUUCCAUGGGGCAGGGGAUUUUUUUUCUAGUUGAAUUUUGUAAAGUACCGGUAUAUAUUACUCAAUUCCAGUACUGUAUGACUUUUUCUAUUUGUUUUUAGUGACAUUGAUUUCUUCUUUUGUGAUGUUCUCCAUAGUGUUUUAUGGUAAAUAAUGUAUUUUUUAUUUACUUUUUUUGUAUUGAAACUGCUUUUGCCCUAUUAAAAUGUCCAUGUAUCUGCUAACAGUG